AUGCUGAGGUUGCGUAGAGAACGAGGACAAAAUGAUGCUUUAGUGGAUGAUAAGCAAGAUUUGGGAAAGCUGACUAUACAAAAGUAUAGAGAACUUGUGCAAAAAGAAGGAAAACUCAAGGAGUUAGUGUAUAUAAAUGCAAAUAACAGCUUAUUGGAGGCUGCUAGAUUACUUGCUGAGCACCGUAUACAUCGUCUGCCAGUUCUUGAUCCCGAAUCCGGUAGCCCACUAUUCAUCCUCACUCAUAAACGAUUGCUCAAAUUUCUUUGGUGUUUUGGUCAACAAUUCUCCCAACCUGAUUACCACAUUCGAACCGCCAAGGAUUUGAAUGUUGGAUCGUGGGUCGGAAUCCGCGUGGUGUUCCCAGACACUCCAUUAACAAUCUGCCUCGAUAUUCUGUUGAACAAGGGUGUUUCUGGUGUGCCAGUUGUGGAGCGAGACACUUUCAAGGUUAUUGAUAUGUAUUCACGAUUUGACGCGGUUGGAAUUGCUCUAGAAGAAAAUGCUGAUAGCCUGGAUGUCAGCGUUGAACAAGCUCUCAAGUUCAAGAACCUGGGCCGGAAUGACAAGGAUCGUGUUGUCGUCGCGUAA